UGCACAGCAUUCUGCUAUACUUUUCUUCCAUCUCCCGCGUUAAACAUGCCUCCCACCGAGCUCAAUGACCUGCGGCGAGGCAGGUACGCGAAGCUCGAUGCCCCCGUUGAAGAUGAUAGCCCUACGCGCCCGUCCUUCGACUCAAACUCCGACACGUCAUCUUUCGAAGACUUGGAAGAGUACGAUCCCCUAAACUACGAUGCCGGAACCCUCAAACGCAAGAAGAGCACCGGUGCUCUGCGCACACGUAAACCCUCGUUCAAGGACACCGAGAUUGGGCGUUCAAAACCGACAUCAUCCAGAGCAUGGGGGAUCAAGCAGGUGUGCUGCUGGCUGCUGCUCUUUGUAGCGGCCACUGUAUUGCUCUUUACCGCAGGCGGCUUAUGGGCAUAUAACAAGACAAUGGUGCGAGAUGGCCUGAGCCCGCCUUGGUACCCGACCCCGAAAGGAGGCACCGAUAAGAGCUGGGAGGAGUCAUACAAGAAAGCCGCCGAUCUGGUCAAACAGAUGACGCUCGUGGAGAAGGUCAACAUCACAACGGGGACGGGUUGGAGCAUGGACAUGUGUGUAGGCAACACCGGUCCCGUCGAGCGUCUCAAAUUCCCAUCCCUGUGCCUUCAGGAUGGUCCUUUGGGUCUGCGUUUCGUUGACAACACUACUGCUUUCCCCGCAGGCAUCACUGUUGGCGCGACGUGGAACAAGGAAUUGAUGUACAAGCGUGGGGAGGCUCACGGGAAGGAAGCCAAGUUGAAGGGUAUACACGUCAUUUUGGGCCCUGCAAUGGGUCCACUUGGAAGAAUGCCAGCUGGCGGCCGCAAUUGGGAAGGAUUUGGGACGGAUCCUGUGUUGCAAGGUAUUGCCGCUGCUCAGACUAUCAAAGGAAUCCAAGACCAAGGCGUGCAAGCGACAGCUAAGCAUUACGUCCUAAACGAGCAGGAACAUUUCAGACAAGCCUGGGAAUGGGGUCUGCCGAAUGCCAUCUCAAGCAAUAUUGAUGACAGGACACUGCGUGAGAUAUAUGCGUGGCCUUUCGCGGACUCAAUCAAAGCUGGUGUUGCAUCCAUCAUGUGCUCUUACAAUCAGGUGAAUGGCUCGUAUGCUUGCCAGAAUAGUAAGCUUCUCAACGGCAUACUAAAGGAUGAGAUGGGUUUCCAGGGUUAUGUUCAGAGUGACUGGCUCGCCCAACGUGCGGGCGUCGCAUCCUCGUUGGCAGGACUUGAUAUGACCAUGCCUGGGGAUGGCCUUAGAUGGGCGAAUGGAAAGAGCUUAUGGGGAUCCGAACUCACCAAAUCUAUUCUCAAUGGCAGCGUUCCUGUGGAUCGUUUGGACGAUAUGGUGACUCGUGUCGUAGCGGCGUGGUAUCAGGUCGGUCAAGACAAAUGGUCACAAGAUGGUCCCAACUUUUCUUCCUGGACAUACGACAAAAUUGGCAAGAUCCACGAAGGGAGCCCCUCGGAUAAGACGACAGGUGUGGUGAACAAGUUCAUCAAAGCACAAGGCGAAGGAGAGGACUUUCAUGGCAAUAUCGCACGCAAAGUCGCUGCCGAAGGCACGGUGCUAGUCAAAAACGAACAAAAUGUCCUUCCACUCGAUCGUAGCGGCUGGAAAGCCCACGAAAAAGAUGGCAAGUCGGGCAAAUUCCGCGUUGGAAUCUUCGGUGAAGAUGCUCGUCUUAGUCGCAAGGGCAUCAACUCCUGCAAGGACCAACAUUGCAAUGAUGGUACGCUGGGAUCGGGUUGGGGUAGCGGCGCAGCAGACUACGAUUAUUUUAUAGAACCUCUGUCUGCUCUGAGGAAGGCGUUCAAUAACGAUUCAGUAUACGUCACGGACUGGCCCGAGAACGAGCUUCCAAAGCAGAAGGAGAUUAUCCAGGACCAAGAUUUGUGCAUCGUCUUCGCCAACUCCGAUGCUGGAGAGGGCUUCGAAAAAUGGGCUGAUGUCGCCGGUGAUCGCAACGACCUCCGCCUGCAAAAGAAUGGCGACAAGCUCAUCAAGGGUGUAUCCAAGGACUGCGGAAAAGGAAAAGGCAAUGUUGUAGUUGUCGUGCACACUGUCGGUCCGGUCAUCCUAGAGGAGUUCGUCGAGCUCCCCAACGUGAAAGCAAUUCUCAUUGCCAAUCUCCCUGGCCAAGAAUCAGGGAAUGCACUUGUGGACAUUCUAUUUGGAGACGUAAAUCCCUCGGGUCAUCUUCCAUAUUCCAUCACCAAGAAGGAAGAGGAUUUUGGUCCAGGAAGCAAGAUCAAGUAUCUCCCUAGCCCCAUGGACGGUCUGAGCCCACAGCAAAACUUCUCCGAGGGCCUCUACAUCGAUUACCGCUAUCUGGACAAGAACGACAUCGCCCCGCGCUACGAAUUCGGUUUCGGUCUUAGCUACACCACCUUCCACCUCUCCUCUCUCCUCAUAUCUUCACUGGGCCCUAAAACCCCGCACCUCGCCCCCCGUCCCUCUGGCAUCGAGCCGCCAAGCUACUCCACCGAUCUCCCGGAACCUUCCUCGGCCCUCUUCCCACCCAACUUCCACAAAAUUGAGAAGUAUAUCUACCCUUACUUGUCUAGCAUCUCGGACGUCCACCGCAAUACCGAAAUCAAGGCCUCGCUCUUGAUCAGCCCGCCGAGCCCAGCAGGUGGCGCACAGGGCGGUAACCCUGACCUCUGGACACCACUGCUCACUGUAUCGGCGUCUGUCACCAACAUCGGCACUGUCGCUGGUGCAGCCGUUGUUCAGCUGUAUGUCGCGUUUCCCAAAAACUACAAAGACCCCGCUACGCAGCAGCCUGUAGACUUCCCGGUCAAGGUGCUUCGCGGGUUCGAGAAGGUGUUUGUCGAUGCGCAGAAGGGAUCUGCUGGCGGCAUCAAGGGCAUCAAAGGAUCCGCCCAUGGCGAGGGCGCGGGCGGGAACAAGGAAAUGGUCGAGUUCCAGCUAACGAGGCGCGAUCUCAGCUAUUGGGAUGUUGUCAGCCAGACUUGGGUCUUGCCUAAUGAAGGAGAGUUUGAGAUUUUUGUAGGGUUUUCGAGUAGGGAUUUGCCGCUCAAGGGGACGUGGUGAGUUGUUCCAAGCGUGGAUUUAGAUCGGGGUUGGUAUGCAUAUUCAAGCGUAGGUCAGGAUUGGGAUAUAGUGUUCUAAGGGACGGUGCUGAUAAUAUUGCUUUUUCGGUUCUCGCUGCUGCGGUGGUGUGUAUAUGGCGUUUUUGGUAUCCUCAAUACUUUUUAUUUUCUAUCUCUUGAUAUCAUACUUCUCCAAUAUAUGCAAUACUUCUAGGCUAUUCUGAUCAUUUGCUACUUAUCUCUUUUCUCUCCCCCAACGUGUGCGAGAACACUGACUCGAAUUGCUGUGUUAUUACUGUAGUUAUUGAGAAUAUCUCAAGUAGUCUGCGCUAUAUGUCACGUCCCGCAUAUACUAGAUGUCUCGAGACUUAUGUCUAUAAGAUAAGCAGGAAGUGCUGGAUUGCAUUUUGAUCUUCGUGGUAUACAUGUUUGAAGAACCGACGGGUAAAUCUUCGUUGUCUUGCUCCCCCAUUGCGAGUUUUCGGAUGGCGAAUACUGUUUUACCGGGUAGUGCUAGAUGCCAUUGAUCGCCAUAGCUUCAAAUCAAUUUUUAACCCAGCGUUUUCGCCAGAUCUUGUUUCGGUCACUAAAACAAAAACACUAGAUUCGAGUACGUUGUCGCAGUCGGCUACCUUUAAUGUCACCCGCU